UUUCCUUCCUUUCCCUCUCUCCUUUGUCGCUGAAGGUGUGGGACAACAUGUCUGCUCAUUUGCAGUGGAUGGUGAUCAGGAAUUGCUCCAGUUUCCUCCUCAAGAGGAACGGACAAACCUACAGCACUGAACCCAACAACCUGAAGUCCAGAAACUCAUUUCGUUUUAAUGGGCUGGUGCACAGGAAGACUGUAGGAGUGGAGCCAGCAGCUGAUGGAAAGGGGGUUGUUGUGGUCUUGAAGAAACGUGCAGGUCAGCGCAAACCGGUCACAUUGUAUGAGAGGAUCACCAUUAACAAGAACUCCCGUGCCACCCUAAGCAGCGUGCGCCACAUUAUCCGCAAAAACAACUAUAGGAAAGACCUGCGCAUGGCGGCUCUGCGUCGUGCCAGUGCCAUCCUGAAAAGCCAGAAGCCUGUGGUCGUGAAGAAGAAGCGUACGAGAGCUGCCAAAACAGCAUGAACGUCACAAGAAUGAUACCCAAAUAAAGUUUUCUUAAAACUUAA